AUGAGCUAAAUUAAGGCUAAACUAGUUAUACAUCUGCUGGUUGAAAGAUCUUUCUUGAAAUUAUUUAAUAGUCACAACAAUUUAUAAAUGAUUAAAACGUUGAUUUCAGCCUAAUCAAAAAAUUAACUUUAUAAUAAUGCAAGAAUGAUUAUUUAAGAACUUAUGCUUGAACUCAAAAAAACUCUAAAAUAGUCUCUAAAUAUCAUUUAUUAAAAUGAUGUUCAUGAGGCUUUAAAAGUAAGCAGUAGUUUCAUCUUAAUUCGACUUAUACUCUAAUUCAAAUUAGUUUAAACCAUCACUAAAUUGCAAAUAGUUAAAAUAGAUAAUAUAAAAUAUUUGAUGAAUUACCUUAAUACUAAAAAUUGAAGAAGUUUCAUUUAAGUAAAUACAAAUUAUUUUUACUUGUGUUAUAAUGAGAUUUAGCAUAUUCUGAAAUAAUUUUUUUGAAUAUUUAUCAUCAAUUAGCAAUUA